AUUUAAUCUUUCACGAGACACUGCGAGUUUUUAUUAAUGCUUUUAAUAAUAACCCUAAUAAAAAUUACAUAAAUAGUUCUGAUUCUCAAAUAUAAAUUUCUUUGGAAGUAAAAAAAAACCACAACAAAAAUGUGUUUAUAGCUGUUGUCAAUAGAUAGCAGAAACGCAAGGAAACUUUUUUCUCCAUUAUUUUUCUCGUAUUAUAAUGAGAUGUACAAGAGUUGAAAUAUGGCUUCCAUGUUGCUGUAAACACUGUUUUGCCUUUUUUUUCUUAAGCAUAACGACUGUAAUAAUUGUUUGUUUUGUUUAAUACAUAGUUCCGUGUGUUGGUGAUAACCGAGAAAAAUAAGUGUAACGCAUGAAUUUAUACUCAGAUGUCUGCUGUAACUACACAAUCUGUGCCAGGGACUGACCUGACAAAGACGAUCCAAAAACGUCGUGCUGGCUCAAUAGGGUCAGAUGAGGACGAUCCCAGCGGCAGCAAGUACACCCGCAUGGAGGAGGACAGCAUACAGGACAAGGAGCGGUUUGCCAGUGACGGGGCGGAGCUAGCGCCCGCUACUGCUGCUGCUGUUCCUAUCGCAGGGUGCACGGGUUAUCUGCGGGUGCUUCCGAUCCCCCCCCACCCCCCUCCUUAUCUGCGAAAUGACCCCCGCGAUGCCGCCUCAGUAGGGGAGAACCACUGCGAGAUCGAGCGGCGGAGGCGGAACAAGAUGACGGCGUACAUCACGGAGCUGUCGGACAUGGUGCCCACGUGCAACGCGCUGGCGCGCAAGCCCGACAAGCUCACCAUCCUGCGCAUGGCCGUGGCGCACAUGAAGGCGCUCAGGGGUACCGGCAACACGAGCACAGACGGCACCUACAAGCCCUCCUUCCUCACCGACCAGGAGCUGAAGCACCUCAUCCUGGAGGCGGCCGACGGCUUCCUGUUCGUCGUCACGUGCGACACGGGCCGCAUCAUCUACGUGUCGGACUCGGUGGGGCCCGUGCUCAACCAGCCGCAGAACGAGUGGUACGGCUCGUGCAUGUACGACAACGUCCACCCGGACGACGUGGAGAAGGUGCGGGAGCAGCUGUCGACGCAGGAGCCGCAGAACACCGGCCGCAUCCUCGACCUCAAGACGGGCACCGUCAAGAAGGAGGGUCACCAGUCGUCGAUGCGGCUGUGCAUGGGGUCGCGCCGGGGCUUCAUCUGCCGCAUGAAGGUGGGCAACAUCGCGGCGGACAACAUGGCGGUGGGCCACCUGAACCGCCUGAAGCAGCGCAACAGCCUCGGGCCGUCGCGCGACGGCCAGAACUACGCCGUCGUGCACUGCACGGGCUACAUCAAGAACUGGCCGCCCACAGGUGUCCAGAUGGACCGGGGAGCGGACGACGAUGGCCACUCGUCCCACUGCUGCCUGGUGGCCAUUGGGCGUCUGCAGGUCACCUCCACACCCAACACCAGCGACAUGGGCGGCUCCAACAGCAAUGCAGAGUUUAUCUCCCGCCACUCCAUGGAGGGCAAGUUCACGUUCGUGGACCAGCGCGUCAUGGGGCUGCUGGGGUACACGCCCCCGGAGCUGCUGGGCAAGUCCUGCUUCGACUUCUUCCACCCGGAGGACCAGACCCACAUGAAGGAGAGCUUCGAGCAAGUACUGAAGUUGAAGGGUCAAGUGAUGUCGGUGAUGUAUCGUUUCCGAGCCAAAAAUCGAGAGUGGGUGUGGCUGCGAACGUCGGCGUUUGCCUUCCUCAACCCAUACACGGACGACGUGGAGUACAUCGUGUGCACGAACACGAGCGCAAAGUCCCUCCACACGCAGCCGGACAGCGGCGGGGGGGCAGACGCCGCGGAGCCGGUGGCCUACCAGCAGCCGGGCCUGGACUACAGCCUGCAGCGGAGGGACGCAGUGUACCCGCACAUGAUCGCCGCUUCCGCGCACAUACAGGACUCGUGCGAACGGCCGGUGAAACGCGCGGGGCUUGCAGGAAGCCAGCCCCAGACGCGGCCCAACAGCACGCAGAACGUGUACAGCGGCUACGACCCCACGCACUCCCCGAUUGGCUACGGCUCGCCGGCGGGCGGGCAGGCGGGCGCGGGGUCCGUCCUCGGCCGGAUCAGCAAGACGGCCACCACGAGCCCCACGCCGGCCCAGGCGGCCUGGACGCUGAGACAGCCGGUGACGGAGGGCUACCAGUACAGCCAGCUGAGCCCCUCGCGGUCUCCGAGCGGUCCCACCUACACCCAGCUGAGCGGGGGGGCCCGGGCGGCCGCCUACCACGCCACCACCUCUGCUCCGGGCAACGCCGGCAUGUGGGCCUGGCAGGGCGCCAGCCAGGCGUCGGACUCGGGGCCCGGCUCGAGUGGCUCGGCCGGCGCGGGCGGGGCGGUGCCCCCGGUGACGGGCGCCGCGGGCCAGCAGCCCCCGGGGGCCCCCCCGCAGCAGCAGGAGCUGUCCGACAUGCUGCAGAUGCUGGACCAGGGAGGGGCGACCUCCUUCGACGAGCUCAACAUGUUCAACGCCAGCUUCGACUGAGCGUCUCGCUAGGCCGGGGUACCACACCCGCUCCCUGCGGUGGCUAGUCCUCUUUUACAUUUCUAAUCAGUGUGGCGAGGUUAGUCUCGUUGCAGUGAGCCUUGACCCUGCAUCACC